AAGCGCAGAACAUUUGUAUAAACGAUUCAUGUAAGAAAAGAUGUUUAGUAAGAUUAGUAACAGCCGAAUGAUAAGGUCACAUUAACUAUGAUUGAUAAACAAACUUACGUGCACGAUUACGAGGAUUACCAAAAAUACGUGAAUUUGACCACUGAAGUAAAUCGUUGGAUUUUAGAACCACUGGGUAUCUGGCCACUGGACAAAGGUUCCAUUGAAGUAUCUUGGAAAGACAAGUGUUUACGUCGUUUGAAAAGUAUCAUUUUUUAUUUCCUCAUGAUCUUUGUCUUUGCAUGCUGCUGUCCUUACAUGAUUUUUGAAGUUGAAAGUACCUAUGACAAAUUGAGACUUACUGGACCAUUGAGUUUUUGCAUUAUGGCAAUUCUUAAAUAUGUCUUUUUGACAUUACAUGAAAAAGAAAUUCAAUCGUGUAUCGGGUUUAUCGAAAUGGAUUGGAAAAGUGUUAAAAAUUUCAAGGACGAACAAAUAAUGAUCGACAAAGUUUACUCGGGUCGUCGUUUAGUUAACAUUUGCAAUGUAUUCACAUUCGGUGCUGCUGGAUUUUAUUAUAUCAUUUUACCUGUCAUGAGUAACAAAAUUUUUCUACCUGACGUUAAUGUCACUUACAGACCAGCACCAUUUCCGGUUACUAAAUUUCUCGUAGACAUUCGUUACAGUCCUGCAAAUGAAAUAGUUAUACUCAUUCAAUGUCUUUACGGAUUUGCCGCACAUUCGAUAGCAGCCGGUACUUGCAGUUUAGUUGCAAUUUUUACGAUGCAUGUUUGCGGUCAAUUGAGAGUUCUCAUCAAUUGGUUGGAACAUUUGUUGGAUGGCAGAGAAGAUUUGUGUUGUAAUGUGGACGGCAGAAUGGCGAGUAUCAUUCGACAACAUGUUCAAAUUUUAAAAUUUAUAUCGAUAACUGAAAAUUUGUUACACGAAGUUUCUUUGAUUGAAGUUGUUGGGUGUACAUUGAACAUAUGUUUACUUGGCUAUUAUUGCAUUAUGGAAUGGGACAUCACUGAAAUAUUAGGAUGCCUAACUUACACUAUUAUACUAACGUCUAUAACUUUUAAUAUUUUUAUAUUUUGUUACAUUGGCGAACUUCUAAUGGAACAGGUGAACGAAUUAAGUGAACGAUCCUACGGGAUUGAUUGGUAUCGUUUGCCAGGUAAAACAGCACGAUCAUUGAUCCUUUUAAUUGCAAUGUCAAGAACAACGACAAAAUUAACCGCAGGAAAUUUUAUGGACCUCUCUUUGAGCAGUUUCAGUGACAUUAUCAAAUCAUCGGUCGCAUAUUUGAAUAUGUUACGUGCAAUGACGUAA